UCUCCGUUUAUCUCACAGAGGAGAGUCGCACUCUUGCCUUGAACAGAAAGAAAAACCCCACAAUAAAAUCCAAAUCUUUUCUCACAGUGUGGUUUUCGUGAAGCAAAAAGAAUAGAAAUUUAGGGCAGAGAGAAAAAAAAGAAAACCCUAAACCAUGUUCAGGAACCAGUACGACACUGACGUCACUACAUGGAGCCCCGCCGGGCGGCUCUUCCAGGUCGAGUACGCCAUGGAGGCCGUGAAGCAAGGCUCGGCGGCGAUUGGCCUCCGAUCUAAGACCCACGUGGUCUUGGCCUGCGUCAACAAGGCCAACUCCGAGCUCUCUUCCCACCAGAAGAAGAUUUUCAAGGUCGACGACCACAUCGGCGUCGCCAUUGCCGGACUCACCGCCGACGGCCGUGUUCUCUCACGGUAUAUGCGAUCCGAGUGCAUCAACUACAACUAUACUUAUGAGUCGCCUCUGCCCGUCGGACGACUCGUCGUUCAGCUCGCCGAUAAGGCGCAGGUUUGCACUCAACGCUCAUGGAAACGACCAUAUGGUGUUGGACUUCUAGUAGGUGGGUUGGAUGAAUCUGGAGCUCAUCUAUAUUACAACUGCCCAAGUGGAAACUACUUUGAAUACCAGGCUUUUGCAAUUGGAUCUCGCUCACAAGCUGCAAAGACAUACUUGGAACGCAGGUUUCAGAGCUUCACAGAUUCUACACGGGAGGAUCUGAUCAAGGAUGCACUCAUUGCAACAAGGGAAACCUUGCAGGGGGAAAAACUCAGAAGUUCCAUAUGCACGGUUGCUGUGAUGGGAGUUGGGGAGGCAUUCCAUAUAUUGGAUCAGGACAAUGUUCAGAAGCUGAUUGAUGCUUUCGAGAUUGUGGGGCAGGAUGAAGCUCCUGCUGCUGAACCUGAUGCUGCUGUUCCGGCCGAGCAGGGUGCUCCUGCAGAAGGGGGUGCUGGUGCUGGAGCUGACGCGGGUGCUGCUCCUGAGGUUGAUGUAGCUCCAAUGGAUAUUUGAAGAUGCUAGAAGCAGUUGUCUUUCCAUCCUUUCAAUGAGAUAUUAUCAUGUGUUUCUUAAGACUAUGGAUGGUAUUGUGGAAGAUGACUAUCUAUUGUUGGACCUUUGCUUUUUCCUUUUCUCUUACAAGGCUAUGCAGUUUACCUGGUCUCAUUUGUGCAAACAUUUUAAUGGUGGCCUCAGAUUAGAUCAAGUUUAUGCUUAAUAUUUACCGUUCAGAUACAGUUAUUUGA